AUCGAGCUGUAAAAUAGAAGAAAACUACUAAGAAUACGUAUUACAUGACGAAUUAAGUCAUCAUUUGCCAGUUUUUACCUUUAUUGUCCAUUACACCACUUUAUUAUCGUUUUACCUUGAGAGUCACUUGGGGUCCGCUCCUUACCAACUACAGUACCAACUAUUAUACUUUGUCCAAUGCUGCCCCACCUUCCAACGCCCGUCGCAAAGCGCCUGCAAACAAUUCCCGUCGCGGUUUACAGUGUCGUUUUUUUUAUUUUCACAAUCAACGUUGAAUAUUGUAUCAACAGUAGGCUUCUUUCGACCUUCGCAAUACCAUCAAUAACCACAUUCAAGAAGCAAGAACGAAAUAAAUUAUAGCAUAAGGCUGGCCAGCACCCUUACACGCAGCAAUGACUAUAAGUACAAUGAAUUAGCUCUAAAGCCUUUUAGCAGCUAGGCAGAAUUGCCAGUCUUCUGGAGAAGGCUGAGACCAAUUAUCAUAUAUUUAUAACACCAUGGAUACGCCAAAUUCUUCUCUAAAGAGUCAUGCACCCAAAAGUAGUCUCAGUUCGUCCUCGGACACGCCCAUGCUAAGGCAGCAAGGCGAUUCGACAUUACUUAUAUGCCGAAAUAAACACUGGAAAUACAUCUCUGCCUACAAUGGGGCAUGGCUCUCUAUAACUACAAGACAACUGGAUUUGUUGGGCAGUCUCAAUUUCAACAGUCCGCUACCCCGCCACGUCGAGCCGGCACUGCUGUUUGACGUUAUCAAAAUCAGAAAAUUGAUCGAUGAUGCAACUGAGUUGGCCAUCAAAGCGGCCAGUGGGUUCGGUCCAUCUCCCACAGCAAGCUCUACUGGCUUUGGUGAAAAGCUCAGCAAAGCCAGGAUACUCAAAAUGAGGCAACAAGCAACGCAGAAACUCAGCCGCGCUUACAAAAUUGACGAAAUUGCCAGUAGUGUCAGCAUAAUGCAGUCGUCUUCAAUAUUGGAGGAUGUUGCCAAAGAUGUGUUGAAGAGAGAACCAAGUGAUCUUGACGCCAGAUAUGUCCACUUCUUCCAUGAAAAAAUACCGUCGCGGAACUUGGUCGACUCAACUACUAUUGAAUCUCUUACCGAUAUUAUAGCAGAAUCACCUCGAGAGCCUGCCCUGCUUCGUACUCGAGCGGUAGUCCGAGCUUUCAAAAUGGACCUUUCAGGUGCUAUUCAGGACAUCACCGACGCCCUCGCCAUGUGUAGAUUCCAAUCCUCGCAGCAUACAGGAGCGUCAAAAGCUACAGACCUUCCGCAGAACCCCAAACUAUUUGGUGACAGACCCAUACGGGAAGAAGAGCAGCCCAGCAGCUUAGAAGGCCAACUAUACUUUCACCGUGCUUCAUACAACCUAAACCUCGCCUGCCAAAACCUUGUCGGUAGCCUACCAAAACAUUCUGAUUCGAACAACAAUGACAUAGCAGACCAUGAGUCACGAUUUGAGGAGCCACGCAAGCUAGUCAAGACAUAUGCAAAGCGGGCAAUCCGUGAUUUUCUAUCAUUGUUUUCAUUCCUAGACUACUCGCCUCAAUGGCCACCUCAAUACAGCUCGCAAAUGGCCCUCCGCGCGGACGCCAUUAUAAACAACACACGUUACCGGGGAUCUGAGCCUGCAACACCUCCGAUUCCUCCGACCAUAUACCCCGUUUCCAAACUCUUUGAGGCUGUUGCACCAGGGGACCUGCCUCCUCUAGACUCUAACCCCUUGACAGAGAUGCUAACGUUCCAUCCUCUUCUUAUCGAAUCCUUGCAUUGUUUCCUGAUUGCACAUGCUCUAGCGCAGACAUCGGCAAAGGAAAUAUCUCGGCAUGCCCUUAUGGUAGCCCGUCUUGUACGCUUGGAUAACGGAUAUCCUAUCUUCCAAAGCAUCAAGCCCGCCGCGCUCGGAACAUGGAUCGAAAUCCUGAAUCUCACCGAUAACUGGAUCCAACUUGAUCAAUCAUGGGAUGCGCUCUGUAUGUUUUCUGUAGGUAGAGAUGUAUCUCAACACCUACACCGAAAUGGGCGGCCCAUAACACAAGAGUUGGGAGGAGCCGUACCGGAGCCUCCAACAUCUAGCGCAGGUCGCGCCUCUGGAGGAGUUUCUACAAAACUUUUGCGACGCUGGUCCGGCGACGAACGCAGUAAUCCUUCAUCUGGUAUGGAUAGAGCAUAUUGGGUCUCACGCUGGAUACGUGAGGUUCCAAUGGUUAGUGGGACAGCGAAAAGAAAGAAGAGGGCAAAAAAGACGAGCAGCGAUGGUAGAGAAGUUGACACAUCUGGAAAGGAGUCUUAAAAAGUGGUAUACUCCUUGAUAGAGCAUACACCCAGUC